AUGAGCCUUGCCGAGGAUGAGAUUGCAGCUCUGAAAGCCGCAGUCAAGUCUGAAGUCAAGGCUGAAGUCCAAGACGAAAUCAAUGUCUUGAGGGCUGAGCUAGCCGAGUAUAAGACCUUAGUUGAUUCCUUCAAGAAGGAGUUAUCUGUAAUUCGUGGCAAACCUACAAACGAGAAUAAUCCAACUCCGAAACAAGCCUCGACGGAAGCUCCAGCACAUGCUCAUUCUGCAGAAUCAUUGGAACCCAUCAGCUACAAAGAGGCCUUUGAAAAGUCCGGUGGACAAAAAACGGUCGAAAAGUACACAGCUUUGAGUCGGCGACUGCAAGAUGAAGUCAACAAUUUGCAAGUUGCAGAAGAAAUGAAAGAAUUAAUGGCUGGUGAAUUCUACAGACGAAAAGGGUUCUCGACUGGGCUUCUCAACCAAGGAUACGUCAAUCGGCUGGACGUUUUGUACAAGGAGGCUAAAAUUGUGUAUAAGGAUUUUGAUGCCGCAGUACAGCGAAUAGCAGAUGCCACAGGCGGAACUGCGGUGGUACCUCCUAUCAAAGGAGAGAAAAGGGCUCGAAUGAAGGCAAUGUUCAAAUACCGAGACCCGCACGGUGAUGGCAUUGCAUGGUACCGCCUUACCGAUCUGGUUCGGGCCACUAUUAUGUACCCGACGAUUGAGAGCAUGUAUGAUUCCCUCGAAGAUGUCUUGAAGUUGUUUGGUGCAAAUGGAAAUGUUGUGAAAGAGUUCAACGACCGUUACAACCCUGGACUCCCUGGUGGCUACCGAGAUAUUCAACUUGUUGUCCAAUUCAAGGAACACAUGUGCGAGGUGCAAUUGAAUACAGAGAUUAUGAUUCAGGCGAAGCAGACCAUGGGACAUCGCAGCUUUGAGGUGAUUCGGGAGUUAAAGGCAGCCAUUGGUGCAGGUGACGUUGAGAGAGUCUCCAAUGCUUUGGAGUUCGGCAAGGAGAGUCUGGGGACAAGCAAGAAUGCUGACGCAAAUGAUGAAGAAGGGGCGAUGGACAGCUUAAAAUGGCUGCUACGAGAAAAAGGUGCAAGGAACUUGAUCCAUGACGCCGCAAAGGGGGGACAUGCAGAAAUUCUCCAUGCUCUGCUGUCCUAUGGCGCAGACGUGAACAGCGUCGACGAAAAUGGAAACACUCCACUUCACCAUGCUGUCCAACGUGGAAGUGAACGAUGUGUGUGGGCCAUUCUAGAUGUUGCUGACCCAGAUCUUGAUAUAGUCAAUAAUGAGGGUGAAACGGCAUUGGUGAAAGGCUAUGUAAUGUUGUGGACUCGACCUCCUGAGGACGCCAUGCGAGCAGUGACGACCCUUGCCCAAUACUCUGGCCUUGAGCGCAUGCGAGAAGCUCGAACAAGAGUGGAAGAAAUCGUGAGUGCGAAGUUUCAGAAUAGCAGCCAGUUAGUCCAACAUGCUGGAGACGGUGAUAUCAAGAGAUUGAAUGAGUUAUUGAGAGAUUUCAAAAGCCCCAACUCGGUGUUGAAUGGAAAGCUAGCCAUUGAAGCAGCUAUUGAAGGGGGGCAAGUGGAAGCAAUUGAAGUCUUAUCCAGUUUUGGAGCUGCUCUGGUACCGCAUGAGGGGCAAAUGCCUUUGAUUGAACAGGCUAUCGCUGUCGGCAAUGCGAAGACAAUCCAAACACUACUGGAUGCUGGCACUCCCAUUGAUUCUCAAUCGUUUCAAACAGCAAUUGACAAAGGAGAUCUGGAGGCACUCAACGUGUUGAUAGAGUCACGGCCGGAUGGAGAACUUGAGAGUUUUGGAGUGUGGAUCGAUUGUUCAGCGGAGAAUUUGCACCAUAUCGUACAGAAAGCAAAGGGUUUACAACGCAACAUUUAUUCCAAGAAGCAUACGAGUGGUACAUAUCUGUACCAAACAGUGAAGAAGUUUGACUCAUCUUCUUCAGGUGAGGUGAUACUCGCACUGAAUAGCAAGAAUCAAGCGCAUAUUGCCUUGGCUGAAGAUGAAGCCAACGGCGGCAAGAUUUACGAGAUCGUUUUUUUGGAUGACGACAACAAUGAACUUCGUAUCCGACACGAGGCAAUUAACAUCCAGACAACAAGGCUCGAGUUUCAAGCAGGCCCGAUGAGAGAAGGAGAGUUCUGUUCUAUCCGGAUAUCGUUCGACCCAACCACAAUCAAGGUUGAACGAUACAACGUAAAUGGAACAUGGAAGUUAUUGGCAGAAUACAAUCGCGAGGAACAUCGUCACUUUCAAGCGAUCCACUUUUGUAGGAUUGCGUCCUGGGAAAACGAAAUUGAUUGGAGAAGCCCGCUUUCCGACAUCCAUACAGCGAUUCUCUGUCAGGAUCUGAUCUCACUGCAGACUUUGUUGUUGGACUCAACAAAUACCUCUCUGGAAGCUGACCAUUCCGGCGUGCCACUCAUGCUUACUGCCAUCGAUGUUGGAGACCUAGAGAUUUUAAAAGCGUUGAAACAAGCUGGUGCACCCCUUGAUUCGCGCGCCUUUCAGAAGGUCGUGGACAACAAGAACGUUGAGGCUCUUGAGAUCUUGGUGGAAUCAUCAUCAUCAUCAUCAUCAUCACCAGACGGGGGUAGUAGUAGCAGUCCACUACAUCAUAUUGAAGUGUGGACGGACUCCUCUGAUGAUGACUAUUGGGAUGCCUUCUUUGACGAUAGGUUUGGAUCUCUGACUCGGCACAGUUUCCGUACAUUCCAUACAAACGGAAAAUAUCUUUACCAAACUGUGAAGAAGUUUGACUCAUCGUCGUCUUCAUCAGUGGGCGAGGUGAUAAUGGCCAUCAAUGCCAACACCAAUCCGCAUAUUGCAUUGGCGGAAGAUGAAGCGAACGAUGGAAGGAUUUACGAGAUCGUUUUUGCCGCGGACGACAACAAUGAAUUUCGUCUCCGCCAUGAGGCAGUCCAGUGGAACACGACGGAAUUGAAUUUUCCUGCAGGUCCAACAACAACCAUGACCGAGGCCGCGGGAGACGACGACGAUUUCUACUAUUAUUAUUCCAUCCGUAUUUCAUUCGACCCAUCCACAGUCAAGGUCGAAGGAUACAAUAAUAUCAGCAGUGGUGGUGGAAGUUGGGAGUUACUGACAGAAUACAAUCGAGAGGAGCAUUCCCAUGCGAUCAACUACUGUAGGAUUGCGUCAUGGGAGCAUGAAAUUGAUUGGAGAGUCAAGGUCUAA